UUGGGAAUUAAACCCCAAUACUGAAAACUGAAAAGCGAAAACCUCACAUCACAACCUCUACUACCUCAACUUGUUCUACGGCACGCUGCCCUAAAAUAUCGACGCUGAGUUUUGAUUUUCCCUUUCCCGACGAAUCAUGCCGGAUGUACAAUCCAUGGUCGAUGAAUUCGUAAUCAAGCUCAGGAAACGUAAAAUCGAGGGAUCAAAGGCCACGGCGAAGCUAACGGCGGAAUUGCUUCGUUCGUUUAUAUCUCAACAGCGGCUUCCCAACAGUAACCAGGCCGGUGCUCUUAUCGAUGCCGUUAAGUCUGUUGGUGAGAAACUCAUUGCUGCAAAUCCUGUCGAGUUGGCGGUUGGAAAUGUUGUACGGCGUGUUCUGCAUAUCAUACGUGAAGAAGACCUCUCUCUAGCUACUGCGGCAGUUGGUGGGUUGACUUUGGCAGGUGAAAGUGACGAUGAAGGUGACACUGAACAGGAUGAUCAUCCUGUUCUCUCAGCAACUGCUGUAGCUGCUGCUGCAAGAAAUGCAUUAAGGCCGCCUUCUUUGCAGACUCUCCUUGAGGACGUACCUCACUCUGCAGCUGUUCCUCACGCCUCUUCUUCUGGAGGUGAUUCUGAAGGAAAAAGCAAAUCUGCUGAUAGAAAUUCAUCAACUCGGAAACUAAAGCACAAUGUCAUUGAGUCGGUUAAUGAUCUCAUUCGAGAAAUUUCCUCUUGCCAUGAAGGGAUUGCUGAACAAGCAGUGGAACAUAUACAUCAGAAUGAGGUAAUCUUGACUUUAGGCAGUUCAAGGACAGUGCUGGAAUUUCUAUGUGCUGCAAAGGAGAAAAAGCGGUCAUUCCGUGUGUUUGUUGCUGAAGGUGCUCCAAGGUAUCAGGGGCAUGCUUUAGCGAAAGAAUUGGCUGCAAGGGGGCUGCAAACAACAGUUAUUACUGAUUCUGCAGUUUUUGCGAUGAUAUCCAGAGUCAACAUGGUAAUAGUUGGAGCACAUGCUGUCAUGGCUAAUGGUGGGGUUAUAGCACCUGUUGGGUUGAAUAUGGUGGCCCUAGCAGCUCAAAAGCAUGCCGUCCCUUUUGUUGUACUCGCUGGGGUUCAUAAGUUAUGUCCUCUGUACCCACACAACCCUGAGGUAUUAUUGAAUGAAUUGAAGUCUCCAUCUGAGCUGCUGGACUUUGGAGAGUUCUCAGAUUGCUUGGACUUUGGGAUUGACACUGGCUCACCACUUCUUCAUGUUGUCAAUCCGGCAUUUGAUUAUGUGCCUCCAAAUUUUGUUAGCCUAUUUAUUACUGACACAGGUGGUCACAACCCUUCCUACAUAUACCGUCUCAUUGCUGAUUAUUACUCUGCUGAUGAUUUAGUUGUACGGCGAAAACCAGCUUCUUGAGUUCAGUUCUUAGCCAACUCUUUUUCUGGAAACAUGUUGUGGAAUUAGCUUAGAUGAUGAAGUUCUCAAAGUGGGGCAAUGAGUGGGAAGGGAUUAGAGCUCUUUAGAAGCUUGCGGGAAGCAACUGAUGUGUAGAGGAAGAGUACAUACAAUAGAAAAUUGAAAAUGUUGGGCUGAUUUUAAUCCCCUUCCUUUUGAUCUGCCACUACGAGAAUAGUAGAUGAUGUUGAAGUAAUUAAGUUUCUAUUGCACCACAGAGGAGUGAGCAUAUUGGGCAUCUUUACAUAUUUUUACUUAAAUCUGCUUUUAAACUCUCAAAUGUGGCUUGUUCAAGAUGAGAUGAAGAUCAGUCUGUUAUAACUGCUGAUACCGAUGAUGGCUGUUAAUUACGCCAAGAAAAACCCUCGACUUUUAAAAUUCUAUUCUAUUCAAGGUCUUUUCAUUGGGGGGUAUAAUUUUCAUAUUCACUUAACUUUAUUUUAAUAGAUAUGGUAAUGAAUAAUGAUAGGUUGAUUGUCUCGUUACUAGUUACAGGAGCUAUGAAAUGCAUAAGAGUUAA